AUGAAGAGAAGACCCACAACUCAGUCUUCCAAACCAUGCAGCAUUGCAUGUAAGGAUUGUGGACUAACGUUUACACACUGGGACGUCUACAAGACUCACCUGCACCAGCACGCCCUGGAAGAGGAGGAGGAAGAAGCUCUGGCGGGAGACGACAUGAAUCCUGCAGCAGCACUGGAUCCUGAGAGAACAGACGAUGGAGAAAACCGAGGCGAAGACCCGGAUUGUGAUGCAGAUGGGUGUGACAUGGGCACUUCAUUGCAAACACAAACCUCAGGCCUAACACAAGGUGUUGAAUGUUCCCCAGCUUCAGGUAAAGGGAAACCUAGGAAGGGUUAUGCUUGCUCGGACUGUGGGAAGGUUUACACAUACCUAGUUUCGUUCAGAAAACACCAACAGCUGCAUGAAAACCAACAAUCACCUGAAACAAUUCAGAAUUUGCGGAAAUAUCAAUGUCCAGACUGCGGGAUGUCAUUUAUCAGGCGAGCGCGGCUUCUUGGUCACCUGAGAGUUCACAGGUCACUUCAAUCAAAACCCCCCAGAUGUGAUCAGUGCAACAAAAACUUUUGUUCUUUAAAGUCAUGGCUGUCUCACGUCGAGCUCCAUAAACAGAAACCGUUUUGGUGUUUAAGUUGUGCCAAAGGCUACAAAGAUGAAGUGUCACUAGAUAAACACCUGCAGACUCACAAUCUCACAAGAACACAUACAUGCAAUAUUUGCCACAAGAGCUUUAUCUUGUCAAGACACCUCAAGAACCACUACAACACCCACACUGGAGCAAGACCUUUCCAGUGCACAUUAUGCGGGAAGAGCUUUUCCCAUCCCGGAAAUCUAUUUGCACACCGCAGUAGGCAUUUUAGAAAAUAUACCAGGUCCCGUGUGAUGCCUCUAGGGAUCAAGAAUUCUGCAAUUAUUGCAAAAAAGCGAAUGAUGAAUAAAAAGAGACUUCUUUUUGCUAGUGUUAAAGAGGAGACAAAAAUGGAUACAAACAUGCAAGAGCUGCCAGGAAAGGGAAAACGUGUGGAGAGAAAUUAUAUUCUCAAGCCAUGGAAUGCUGCAUCUGGCACCAGCUCUGAAGAGUCUGAUUGUGGAGAGUCUUUGGAUGAUUUCAAGCUUUCCAAACCACUCGGCUUGACUGGAUCUGACCCCCCGGCUGAGUCGAAAUCAGAAAGCAGACGAGAAGGACCGAAGCUAGACGAGAGGGAGUCAAAGGAAACAAACAUGUACAGAGAGCAGACGUAUUGGGAAUGGGAGUGUAUUGAGUGUAAUAUGGGCUUUGAUGAAGUGGCAAAGCUGCAUUUGCAUUACAUAAAACAUGCCACUGGGGAGUUGCCGAUAUGAUUCUGAUAUGAGGAUGAUUCUGAGGUUUGAAGGCUUACAGAAACAUUUUAUGCUUAUUGCCUUGUUGCCUUAUUUUUUUAUUUUAUUUUUUUACAUUUCCUACUGUUAAAGAUGCAAGGUUAGGGUUAAGAAACAAAGGGUUAGCAUGUAUUGUUGAUGAAUUUCUUAUUAGUAUAAGAGGAGAACAAGUAUCUACAAUCUAGGUCUCAAAUGUUCAUGCCUGAUGGUAGGAGAUUAUGCUACAGGUUUUAAAUGUCUAUUUGGUGCUGCAAAACUGUCAAGAACCAAAGGGAAAGAAACUGAAUUGAAAAUGUAAAGCUACCACUCUCUACUUGUAAAACCAAAUAAACUGAAAUGCAUUCCAAAUGUU